AUGAGCCGUCCGGACCUGCCAUUUGGUGGAAAGACGGUUGUCUUCGGUGGAGAUUUCAGGCAGGUCCUCCCUGUUGUCCGUAAGGGGUCGAGGGCUCAGAUAAUUGAUGCGUCACUACGUAGGUCUUACCUUUGGGAUUGCAUGACUCACCUAAAGCUCAAACGCAAUAUGAGGGCACAUAGUGAUCCUUGGUUUGCGGAGUACCUACUGCGCAUCGGUGAUGGUAAGGAAAAGGCCAAUGCUGAUGGUGACAUCCGUCUUCCUGACGAGAUAUGUGUGCCGUGUACUGGAAAGAAGGGCUCCGACCUUGAUAAACUAAUAGACAACGUUUUCCCCAGCCUUGGUGCUAACAUGUCAGACCCAAACUACAUCACCUCCAGAGCAAUCUUGUCGACACGAAAUGACUGCGUUGAUAGGGUUAAUUUGAAGAUGAUAAAUCGAUUCCAGGGACAAGAGAUGUUGUACCGUAGCUUUGAUUGUGCGGUGGACGACCCUCAUAACUACUACCCACCUGACUUUCUUAACACAUUGACCCCUACUGGUCUGCCCCCACAUUUGCUGAAGCUCAAGAUCAAUUGCCCUAUCAUAUUGCUCCGAAACAUUGACCCCGCAAACGGACUUUGUAAUGGCACGAGGUUGGUGGUUAGAGGAUUCCAAAGAAAUGUUAUCGAUGCAGAAAUUGUUUUGGGCCAACAUGCUGGAAAGAGGAUCUUCCUGCCAAGGAUCCCACUUUGCCCCUCUGAUGAUGAGAUGUUCCCUUUUCAGUUCAAGAGGAAGCAGUUUCCUGUUAGGCUCAGCUUCGCCAUGACGGUUAACAAGGCACAGGGGCAGACUAUACCUAAUGCCGGUAUUUACUUUCCUGAGCCGGUGUUCUCUCAUGGGCAGUUAUAUGUCGCCCUAUCUAGAUCUACUGCUAGAAAGAACGUCAAGAUUCUUGUCAUCCCAGAUGAUCAGUUCCAUUGUGGUGGCCAGCUUGAAAAGGUCAUUGGACUGAAUGCUGAAAAGGCAGACCUUCAUCAGUUUGUCCCGUUCUCAGUUGCUCAUUACUUCUGUAUUUACCCAGAAUGUUUUUCUUAUAUAUACACUACCCAUAUGGCUAACAGUAAUCAGAUCUGA